CAAAUUAUUUUGAUUUCAAUUCCCUCUUUUUUGCGGAUCUGAAGAAGCCAUUGGGGAAGGAGGGGAGCGCCGACAGAGGGCUUCGCCGGAUCCGGAUGAAGAGGAGACGGAGGAAGAUGGUGUCUACAUUGGUGAAUUCAGUCUCAAACCCCCUAGCACUGCUCCAAUAGGUAUUUAGCACAAGCUGUUCUUUCAUGGAUGAUGGGAUGGCUUGUGGCAAGUAUGGGAGAAAGAAUGUUGAUUUUAUGCUUUGGAAGUGGCAGCCCCAUGACUGUGAUCUCCCAAGGAUUAACGCGGUGUCUCUGCUGGAGAAGUUGAGGAACAAAAGGGUUGUGUUUGUGGGGGAUUCACUCAAUAGGAAUCAAUGGGUUUCAAUGGUCUGUCUGAUUGAGUCAUCAAUCCCAAAUGCCACUCUCAAACAUGUCAAUUCAAAUGACUCCUUGGUAACUUUUGAGGCCAUUGUAAGUCCAUUUUGUUCCUAGCUUCUUUUUGUUUUCUUCUUCUUAUUGAGAUAUUGCCAAAUUAGGGCUCAACUGGUGAGCCUAAGAGAUAUGUGUUUUGAUAUCUCCCGAUAUUAGGAUCUUUUAUGGGUGUCAGGUGAAGCCAAAACAUGAUUCAAAUUUGAUAUCUUCAGAUACUACAAUCAUUUUUAAAUAAGGUAUUUGAUAUCUCCCAAAUUUGGAAGCAAUAUCAAUGCAAGAGUUUGAUAUCUCCCUCAACUGUCAACCAUUCUUGCUCUUAGCCAUAACCGGUGCUGGUCACCCACUGCCGACCACGGACCACCCUUGUAAGAUCUCCCCAAACACUAUUUUCAGAGUUAAGAUCUCGUAUCAUUUCUUUAACUCAUAUCAUAUCAACCCUCCAAAACUCACCACAUAGGACAUACAAAUUAAAUGGAAUUUUGAGCCAUGUGUUGUUCCAUUCUUGCAAUUUGGAUUUGUGGCUAACUUGGGUGUAUGAUAUCAUGGGUUAAAAAAAGGAGUACAAUGCAAAAAUAGAAUUCUAUUGGGCUCCAUUGCUGGUGGAAUCAAACUGUGACAAUCCUUCUUACCACCGUGUGGAGGAUCGCAUUGUGAGGGUAGAAUCCAUUGAGAAGCACGGUAGGCAUUGGAAGGACGCCGACGUGCUUGUGUUUAAUUCCUACAUUUGGUGGCGGUUUAUGAAAAUGAAAGUCCUGCGGGGAACAUUUGAAAGUGCAGAAGCAAAUUAUGAAGAACCGGGAAUGCUGCGUGCUUUCGAAAUGACACUAAAGACGUGGUCAGAUUGGCUGGACAUUCAUGUUAAUCGAACCAAGACCAGAGUUUUCUUUGUUAGUAUGUCACCUACUCAUUCCAGGGCUGAAGAAUGGGGAGGGCAAAAGGGUCAGAACUGCUACAACGAAACCGAGCCAAUAAAAAACCCAGAAUACUGGGGAGUAGACUCAGACGUAAACAUGAUGAAACUGGUGGACGCUGCCGUGUAUAAUCUGCGAAGCAAAGGCCUAAGCAUAGAACUACUCAACAUAACACAACUAUCAGAGUACCGGAAAGAUGCCCAUUCGUCAAUCUACAGAAAGUUUUGGGAUGCCCUCAAGGACGAACAACUGUCAAGCCCGAGUAGCUAUGCCGAUUGUCUUCAUUGGUGCCUUCCCGGAGUCCCAGAUGUCUGGAACCAACUCUUAUACAUGCACCUUCUUUAUUUGUGACUUGACAUUGUGUUCCUUUUUUUAAAGAAAGAAAUUGAAAUUAUAGUUUACAAAUAUUUCAUACUUCAUUCGUCCCACAAUGAAUUACACUCUUUACU